AUGAAAGACUUGAUGUUUACUGAGCUCAGCACUGCACAAACAAUCGAUGUGAUAAGGAGAAGAACAGAUGCCUUGUUCCCACAGCCAGGACCACUGUUCAACGAAGAGCCAGCAGAGUAUAUAAAGUCUAGGCUGCGGAGGAAAACUGGGCAGAGCGACACGACGGCCCUGGUACCGUCAUCCACUGAGGAACAGGCACAGGUUGAGACACAGGUAUCGAUAUAUAAACCUCAACCUCAACGGCCAUCAAGUGUUGUGCAACAGAGGGAUGUGUAUGUUCCAGAACAGCCAGCUUGGAAGGCACCCUGGAAACUUAUGAGGGUCAUUGGUGGCCAUCAAGGGUGGGUAAGAGCCGUCGCUGUGGAGCCUAAUAACAAGUGGUUUGCUACUGGGUCCAACGACAACACUAUCAAAGUCUGGGACCUGGCGUCCGGUCAGCUGAAGCUGACCCUAACAGGACACGUUAUGAGUGUUAGAGGCAUUGCUCUCUCGGAGCGACACCCGUAUAUGUUCUCGUGCUCUGAUGAUAAAACCAUAAAAUGCUGGGAUCUGGAAAUGAACAAGGUUGUAAGGGACUACUAUGGACACAACUCAGGAGUGUACACUGUUGACGUACACCCUACUCUAGACGUUGUUGUCAGUGGGAGUCGAGACUCUACGGUGCGGGUAUGGGACAUGAGAACCAGUCAAGGGAUCUUUGUCCUUAGUGGACAUAAACAGCCAAUAACAAACGUGAGAUGUCAAGCUAUGGAUCCACAGAUAAUCAGUACUUCUAAUGAUAAAACAGUUAGACUCUGGGAUCUCUGUGCUGGUAAAACACAAACAGUGAUGACACACCACAAGAAGUCUAUAAGAGCCUUGACGUUACACCCAGAGGAGUGGACGUUUGCUACAGCGUCGCCAGAUGCCAUCAAGGAGUGGAAAUUCCCAGAGGGCAGCUUCAUGCACGACUUUGUUCCACCUCAUGAGGCCAUUGUCAAUACUCUGAGUGUCAAUCAAGACAAUGUCCUCUUUAGUGGUGGUGAUGAUGGAACCAUGUCAUUUUACGAUUGGAAGUCCGGCCAUAAGUUUCAAGAAAUGAGAACAACGUCCAUGCCCGGCUCAUUGGAUUCUGAGUGUGGUAUAUUGACGAGUACAUUUGAUAAAACAGGGAUGAGGUUGAUUACUGGUGAAGCAGAUAAAAGCAUAAAGAUUUGGAAAGAGGAUAGCGAUGCCACAGAGGAAACGCAUCCGGGUAUCAAGUUUGACCCUCAGAACUACCAAAGAAGAUACUAA